GUGCUUUUGUGUAUAAAAAAAGGGAACCCAACUGCUGGUGAAGAAAACAUCUAAAAAAACUAGAAUACACAUAUAAAGCAUCAGAUCUGAAGAAGCUCACCACAACACCACAAACGAUUCAAGAGGUUUUAACUAGCUAGAAAUCGAAAUGGGAUAGAAGAAGAGUGCUCCCCCAACAGUAUUAAUCAAGGAGAGUUCUUCUUGUAGCCUAUUAGGAAGCUUUGAUCCUUAUUUUCUUUUAUGACAACCUAACAAGACUGCAUUACCAGGUUAUGUCGUCAGCACGUACUAUGCCGAUGAGGCGGGCAAGGAGUGCUCUUCAGCUCUAUAAUACCUCAACAACACUAUCAUUGAGGAGGACUAAGAGCGCUCAUGAGUUCUAUGAAAGCUCAAAAAGGAGCAAUGAGCAUCGAUCUCCGCCAGAGAGAUCUCAUAGUAGCAGUACCCUCGAGCGUCUAAUGAUCAUGCGGCACAAUGUAGCGCAUGACGAAGGCGCUUUGGAGGAUCUUGUGAUUGAAAACAUGGAAUCGGUAAUAGAUGGCAAUGUGGUACAGCAUCGCAGGGAAGAAAAGAUAGCAUUUCCUAUGAUUCAUGGCAUUCAAAGUGAGAACGAGGAUGAGCUUUUAAGGGUACGUAAAGGCAACUAUGCUGCAAAUGAGAAAGAGGUAGCUUCAAAUGUUAAUGGCAACAACGGUGCCACAACUGAAGCAAAUUAUGAAAAGUCUACUCCAAAGGCUAAAGGAUACAAAUUAAGUAUAGCUAAAGGAAAUGAAGAAUCCCUGCCUCCACGAGAACAACAUGGAUAUCACCUUCUUUCAUUGAGAUUGUUGGCGGUCCUAGGUGGGGUGGUUGUUGGAUAUGCCACAAGCUUUUUAGGGCCUAUAUUUGAUAUGCCAAAUUUCGUGAAGAAGAUGGAUCCCUCUUUGGUUCCAAAACAAACAUUCUCCACUGGCAGAAACUACUGUGCUUUUUCUGAUCCGUCAUUUCUGGCCAUUUCGUCAAUCAUCUCUCCUUUCUCUGCCUUCGGUUUAUGUUUAGCAUUUUUGCUUAUGAGAAAGACAGGCCGAAGGCCAUUAUUAUUCAUGGGAUCCCUCAAUGAGAUAAUUGGAAUUGCUUUGGUCUUGUGGUUUCCGAGUGCUUUGAUUGCCAUUUUUGGAUUGGCUUGCAUUGGAUGUGGAGUUGGACUUCAUUGCUUGGCCAUCCCAACUCUCUGUUCGGAAUUGGCUCCAAAAGAAUUAGGUAGACAUUUCGGAGCCUUGUUUGGAUUUCAAGUGCUAGGAGGAGCACUGGCAUCACUAGUGAACCUUGGAGCUUCAUUUCAACUUGUAUGGGGAUGGAGAGUACCAUUUGGAGUACUGGGAUUCUUGGUAGUCGUACUAAUGUUGGUGUCGAUACAGAUAGAUGAAAGUCCAAUGUACUAUGUUGAGAUAAAUGAAGAGAAGAGAGGUUUGGAAGUACUAAUAAAGAUGAGACCCAACCAGUUUGUUGCUGACACAAGAAUGGAGUGGGAAAAUAUCUUAAGGGAUGUACGAGAAAUCCAAAACACAAGUCAAGUGAAAGAAUUGUUAAGCAGGUCCACACGACCUACCAUAAGUAUAAUGCUCGCAGGAGUGUUUUUACCUCAAGUGAUAACGACAGCUCCAAUGUUGUUUUUCGGCCCAGUAACCGUAGGAUCAUUGUCCACCUUAAAGAAUCAGCAAUUUUGUGUAGCUGCAAUUGCUGGGGUACUUGGAUUUUCGUUCACCUUUUCAACCUCAUUGUUUCUACAAAAAUUUAAGAGGAGGCGACCAUACAUUAUCUCAUUUAUUUCAAUUGCCGUGUCACAGGUAGGUGUGUCUAUUAUUUUAAAAUUGCUUCCAAUCAAGUAAAAUAUUGCUAAAUUAAGAUUUUGUCCUAUAUUUCAUCCACGUUGCACUUUGCAGUUUAUUUUAGGGGUUGUGUUCGUUUACUUCACUUCCGCUGAGGCAAAUAUGAAAAAAGGCCAUGCCUAUGUUGCUUCAACUAUGAUUGUGAUUGCUUUCGUUGGCGUUACCGUAUUGAUGAGUCCACAUGGGUGGAUUAACACCCCACUAGGGAGAGAUGGUAAAUUAGGUGGAGCCUGUGUAGUUGGUUUUGGUUUUCUGGUCACAUUUUCUAAAAAUAUGUAUUCAGUAAUGCUUCUUUGCAAAAUCGGUGGAUGGACCUUUUUUGUGGAUUUUGGAGUUACGGUGGUGUCCUGUUUGAUUUUUUACAAAUUUGUGCCAGAGACUACAGGUGUUAAAAGCGAUGGUGUUGUGAACAUUUGGAGCGAGCAUCCCUUUUGGAGAAGAUUUCUUGAAGAUGGAGUGGCACAAAGCCGCGUAGAACUAUCGACUGUUGGUUGAAAUCAAUUUCAUGAAUUUCUAAGGCAUUAGUUGCUGGUGUCUUUUGUUUUCAUGUUCCUGAUAAGCUUUCUUGUUCGAAUGGUGCACUGUUGAAUUUCACUUUUAAACUUACUGUCACAAUUGUUGACGUUCAAUAACAAGAUUUCUGCUAAGUACGUAUGAGUUGACUUCAUAAGAUAUCAUGGAGGCUUUGAACAAUAUCCUUUUUGAUUCAAAUAGUUUGCCUUCCGCACCAUCAUCUUUAAUUUCUG